CAGGGACUUUGGGUCCUUAGUGCUCCUUGCCCGAUGAGUUGGGAAGGGUUAGCGGGAAAGGAGUGGGUCCUGAUCGUGCUUCCUGCUUCAGCUGUUGUUGUGUAGCUGAUCGAAAGGCCUGCUAACAUGCCAGGUAGGGCUGCAAGGGUCCAUUCUCCACCAAAUGCAAGCUCCAAUGGAGCAAGUGGGACUCGUGCUGACAAUGUGAGAGACAUCAUGAAGCGGCGACAGUUAAGCAUCAAAUUCAGCGAUGAGGACUUUGCAAAGUUGACGAAUGCGAUGCGACGACACAGUUCUCUUGUCUCCCAGUUCCCAACUGGCGCGAGCAUACUGGAAAAGAGUUUGAAGAUUGCAAGGAAGACAGAUACGGAUCGCAGUCCGGGCCACUCCCCGUCUUCCCAAGUUGGAAGCGUUGGAAGCGUCGCGGGAUCAGAGGGCAGUGAAGGCACACUUGGCGCAAACAGAAAGGCAAAGGUGAAAUCACCAAUAACCAGUAGGAUGGCAGUGAUUUCUGGGACCGGAAAGCUGUCCAAGCCUGAUUUUCUUGGCCCCGCUCGGUCCUCAAUUAUACGCGUGUUUCGAGACAGCGGCUUGGAUGUCGAGAAAUCUGAUGCCAAAGGUCUGGCAGCACUGAUUGCAGAGCAUGAAAGUCGCCAGCAACAUGUAAUCACUCCCAGCAAAAAAGAAAUCUUGCAAUCAGGAAGUGGUGGAAAGAUCUCCUCGGGCAGGAUUGCCACCUCUGCGCUUCUCAAGCGGUAUUCUGUCAUGGUACUAUCUGCAAACCGAGACGGUGGCAGCAUAAAUCCGGGUCCAUCAUCGAACUUGAGCAGCAAGGAGCCCAUAGCAUUAACGCCAAAGGAGACCGGCUGGGGAUCACCAUCACCAUCGAAGAAUGCUCCACAAGUGGAAAGUCCAACAAAGUGGGCACAGCCAAGGCAGGUCAAGAAGAGCAGUUUGAAAAAGCCCGUGGACAAGUUGGAAUCAACCCAUGAUGGAGUCACUCCACGUGAUGGAUCACGUAGGAGCACAAUUUCGUCGCGCGGAAAGCAGCGAGGGUCAGAAAGUGUUCGAGGGUCUGUGCGGUCGCAUGAGAAGAGCAAAAGAGACAUUGCAAGAGACAUUGCAAGAGAUUAUAUAAAGUACUCUCAAAACAUUGUGUCAGUUCCCCUUCUUGGUGCUAAGGCGUCUGAAACGGAAGUGGCAGGCAAGGCGGAGAGGUGGAAAGCUAAUCUUGAUGAGACAUUCAAGUCAACUGCAGAAAGGCGAGCUGCAACAUUAUUGUCAAAGAUCAUGGCCGUUAAAUUGCUCAGACAGGAGCUUGGGUCUUCAGAGAAAUCACAGUUGGACAUCAAAGCAGCUGCUAAGGAGAAGCCAGAAGGCCUGGAAGAUCAAGAUUCUUCUCCCUCCAAGGAGCGUCCAACUGCACCGCUUCCUCCUCCAGCUUCGCCCUCUCCGACUGCACCUCCUCCGACGGCACGCUCAGCUACUGCAGUCACACAUCUUAAGAAUCAAGCGGUCACAGCAAUCUCAACAGCAGAAGAGGACCAGGAUUUGCGGCCAGAACUGAAGAAACAUCAAACUGAUCCUUCCGCAGACUCAUCAGCAACGUUGCAAAGGUCGCAGAGUAUCCGGCCACCGCCACCUGAAGUUCAGUCGGGGACACCGGCAACUGCACCUGAGGUGCAGAGCCCAACAUCAGAUCAUCCAAGGAGGUCAGCAGUGCCAGGUUUGCAUCUACCCCCAAACCUGGCAGCACUCUCGCAAACACGGUCAAAGAAAGAUUUUGAAGUUGUCAGUCUAGGUCAUUCAUCAUCCGAUGGCUCAGGUUUCUUCUGCCAGCGUAUCGAGUGGCCAGCGAGGAUUAUUAUCAGGGCAACAACCAAGAGGGAUACCAGGAGCCUAGAGCAAAUACAAAGUGAAUCCAGAACUGUCGAAAAGGCUCCCUCAAGCCCAGGAUCCCCUGAAGCGCGAACUAAGGCUGGAUCUGUAUUAUCCCCUCGGGAGGCACCUGGAGCUGCAGGGUCAUCAAGCAAGAUCCAGAAUGCACGGCUGGCAAGCAGGAUUAGGAGGUAGGUACCUUUCAGUCCCCAUUAUGAGGUCCUGCCCUCU